AUGGGCACUAGCCAGCUAUGGCGGCUCUUACUUUCUUUAGUAGCGAUACAGUCAGUUUGGGCAGUACAGUAUAAAGCGUUCGGCUGUGGAAACAAUGUCGCAGAUCUCCAGAAACAGAUUAAUACAAAAUAUUUACAAACUCCAGUCUGGGAUUACUUUGGUUCUCUGUCCAAGCUUGUCGUUUGUGCAAGUGGUAUCAGUGGAGCUGGGGUUGACUAUUGCAUUUGUCCUGAAUAUUCGUGCUGUGGUUCUGUCAAUAAGUAUUGUCGUAGCACAGACGACUAUGUGAAUGGAAUCUGGGUCCAGAGGCCUGUUCAGUGCUGUUCAGGACCGAACUCUUCAAACUUCUGCGCUUGGCCAAAUCCGAAGUGUUUUUUGAAUGGAGGUUUCGGAUGGGAAUGCCAUAGCUCGACAACCCAAUUCUGUGGAUCUGGGGGUUGUGAUACAAAUCAAGGAAAUUACUGCUGUGGCAGUCGGUGUUAUAGACCUGGAGAUGGUCAAGUUUGCUGUGGUGGGAAUAAAGUAUGCGGCAGUGGAACAUACUGCUGUAAUGGCGACUGUAUUCCGUGGGAUGCUCAGUGCUGCGAAGGUCAAACAUACCCUACCUGGUGUUCUAGCGGAAAUUAUUGCACUCCGACCAUGUGCGUCCCCAACGGUGUAACGCUUUGUCCAGGAGGCCAGAUUGGUUGCUACACUGGUUCUAAGUGCUGCGGUGGGAAUAAGUGUAUUGCUAAUGAUGCUACGUGCUGUGAUAAUGGGGGUUAUUGUCCUGCUGGUAAAUGGUGCUGCGGAGAUCAGUGUGGACAAAAUGGGGAUGACUGCGGAUGGAGCGCCGCUCUGAACCAGCUUGUCCUUUGCCCUCAAUCUAAGUGGUGUGGUGCCGGAUGCUGUCCACACGAUUACAUUUGCACACAAAAUGGUGGUUGUAGAGCACCAGAUACAAUAGCUUGUCCAGGUCCCUUUUUUAAUGGAUGCCCUCAAGGUAGAACCGUUGGUGCUGUGGGCCCCGUUGCGGUAAAUCCGAAAACCAUGACAGUUGUUGCUGGUCCCAGUAUCGUAGCCAGGAAUAUCUCUGUCAAAACGGGUUCUGUUGCGGAGAUGUUCUUUCUAGCACCGCCGGAUGCUGCAAGCAAGGUUGGCGAUGUGUCAAUGGGGAAUGCCUUCCUCCCGAAGGCCAGCAGCUCUGUCCAUAUGCUGGCUGCGGUGGUCCAGGUGCCAAUGGGGAUAGCUGUUGCUGGAAUCCCACUAUCGAACGUUUAUACAUUUGCAAAAAUUCCGAAUGCUGUGGGAAUGACCAAUGCUGCACGGCGAGUCAGGAAUGUUCAAACGGACACGUAUGGAGUCUGGAAGUCUAUUGGUUGUUAUACUGAUACUGUUAAUGCUCGGGCAUUAUCGAACGUGGUUACCGAUAAUACAGGCAUGUCCGUGGCAAGAUGUGCAGGCAUUGCGGCUGGACGGAAAUACAUGGGCGUCGAAUACGGGGUGGAAUGCCACUAUGGUGAUUCUAUCGCUAGCAGUUCCACAUCUGCCAGCAAUGGUUGCACUAUGAGGUGCUCCGGAAAGCAGGAUGAACUGUGUGGAGGUGGCGAUAGACUCAACAUGUAUAUCAAUACCGCGUUCUCCGGGCAAGGUAAUGACGACUGGGAAUACGUGGGCUGUUAUACGGAUAGUAGUAGCACCAGAGCAUUGCAAUUCCAAUUGGUUGACUGGAAUGCUAUGACUGUCGAGAUUUGUCUCCAGACAGCUUCUGGAUUUGCAUAUGCUGCUGUAGAAUAUUACGGGUCGAGUUCGACUACAACGACGACUACGACCACGACUACCCCGUCCACUACCUCAAGAAUAACCUCGAGUAGUACUACAACCACUACCACUACUACGACCACUACACCAAGUACGACAACAAGUUCCUCAACCACGACUACAACCACAUCAACUACAACUACGACCACGACGACUACAACUACAACUACCACUACCACUACCACUACUACUACUACUACCACGACGACUAAAACAACCGCAGCUGGGCCAACCGCAACUAUAAACCCCGGUGUCGGCUCAUGGAAGAGCAAAGGAUGUUGGACUGAUAAUAUACUAGGCCAUUUCCUAAGCCAACAGCUCCUUGCAGGCCAGUCUGGAAGCCUUGAUGUCGCAGCUUGCAUCGCAGCUGCUGAGGCCGAAGGUUAUAAAUAUGCCGCUGUUGAGAACUCUGGUGAAUGCUGGGCGGAUUUUGUUCUAGAAUUGGGCUCUCUACCCGUAUCCAACAGUGAGUGUGAUAAGGAGUGUAACGGGAAACAUUCUGAAAUAUGUGGUGGAAGCGACACUUUUGUGCUAUACCAAAACGAUGACUUCGUCGACCCAUCCUAUGAGGUAGCAGCGCUUAUAACUGCACUAACAGACUUAAAGACAGCGUAUGAGGACCUAAAGGAAGCUAUGGAUGCUGUUAUUGAACUAUUGCAAAAUUCCUCUCAGAAGAAACGUAGGAAUAUAGCACUCCGACAGGAUAAUCUAGGUCAAGCUGUUCAAGUGAUGAAGCAAGCCGCAAGGACAUGCAGAAGAGCUUUGACAAAUGCCAUUUAUCGAGUUCAAAGGAAAUCACCCGCAGCACAUAAUUAUAUACGGCUUAAUAACAUGGCUUUGGACGACCAAGAGAGUUUGCUAGACGAUGCCGCAAGUGCAUUGAGUAGCUCUUCUAUGCUGGAGGUUGAAACUGCUUCUGUUGCAUCUGUGAUUACUCUUGGCCCGACAGGAUUGGCAGUUUUAAACAUAGCUAUCCGGACUCUGCAGAUCCCAGCCGUUGGCUUACUGGCUUACCUCCUUACUUUCGGCCAUGGUGGGGGGUCCGGCACCGGCACCGAACCACUUGAGUGUGAAACCGAUUUUUAUAUCCCAUUAGUGAUAAUGUGUAAGCAGGGUACCACGGAAAAACAGUACGAAGCUAUGAUCCGCCGAUUGCCCAUGCACCAAGAUAAUGUUAGGAUGGGACAUUACGAAAUCGAUUGGAAGAUGUACCGAGUUAUAAUCUCGGGAUGCGAUUCCGACAAGCUUAUCGAGUUUGCGGUGGAUCCUUCUGGUCCAAUUCUUAGCAUAGUCUACGAUGAAAUAAUCAAUGUAGAAACUAUGCCGAGCCGUAGCUUCUCCAAGAGAUCGUCACCGCAUGGAGAUGGAAAGAUCCGAAAGCGAAUGGAAACUAAAGACCUUCACCCUAAUAAACUAUUCAAGCGCUUUCCCAAUACGAAUUUGAACGGGCAAGAUGUAUUUCGAUACCAACCGAACGCCCCGUCUCAUUUAAAUUGGCUUUCAAACCCAAACAUUCGACAGCAAUCUGGAAGAUGGUAUGAUGUCCCGGACUCUUACGUAUUCCUUGACGGAGAACAGGGAACUGGAGCAGCAAUAUACGUCAUUGAAUUUGCCGGGUUUCAUUUGAGCCAUGAUGAUUACAGAACAAAGCUUUUAGGAAUACUUCCAGCUACAGAUUGGGGUGCGACGCAUCAUGUUAAUAAUCAUGGUACAUGUGUCGCUUCCGCAGCUGCGGGGUGGUAUUCUGGGAGCUCAAAGGGGGCUGGCUUGGUUCUCGUGAGCCCAUUACAUGUCAGAGAUAAUAGCGGUUUGAAAGCAGAAGAAACGUGGGCUUGGAAAUUAUAUCAGACACUCACUGAUAUCGUCAAACACUCUAACGGCCAACCAAUUGUUUACAAGGGUAAGGCUGUUAUAAAUAUCUCAGCAACGAUGAGUGCCAGACUAUUCACUGGCAUACAUGCCAAUGUAUGGAAUUCAAAUAAUGAUUGGUGGGAUGAAGUUAUGGUAAGACUCAACCACCAUCAGGUCGCGCUUGUUGUUUCGGCUGGCAACUAUCACCCAGACAAAAUCGACGCAGAUAAACCUAAAGGAAGUGGAGGUUCGCAGACGGGUAUCAUAGUCGUAGGGAAUUCAUGGCUCGAUGAUGAGCGUCAUCCCAAAUCACAGUUCGAACAGUCCCAAGGCUCCAGGCCUGGGAUUUUAACCAUCUAUGCUGCUGCUUCGGGGUCAUGGUGCGCUGACACAACAGGACAAAACGUCUGGAUCCUCGAGGGAGGAACAUCAACAGGAGCUGGAAUUGUUUCAGGCGUUGUCGCAAAUAUGCUCGUGUCCUAUCCGAAUGAGGUUGCCGCCUCAGUCGCUGCGAGCGGUGGGGUUUGGGGACUAGGUGUAAAGCGACUGCUCAUACAGAAAUCUAGGGAGGCUAAGGGAUCAGUAUUUGCCAGUGAUUCGGAUACUUCUACAACCCCUCGGUUAGCAUGGGGCAAGCCUCUCAUUUGUAUGAUUAAUAACCCGUUCGAUCCAAGUGAUGUCGACAUCCCGCCGGUUUCACCACUCCUCGAUCCUACCAAGCCUGUGGAGGCAGCAUCGACCACUCAAUUUGCGGCUAUCAUGACUACAUUUCCAAUACUGGCAGCUGGAACUACUGUGGAUCUUCCAACUAGGCCUGAGUGCGUCACGGUUAUCUAA